ACGCGUACUGUGCUGGUGUGCCUGCCGCUACCAUUGUUUGUCAACUUCUAAGUGGAACAUCUUUCUGUUUGCCAGUAAAUUAAUAGGCAAACAAGUCUAAGUGCUUUGACGCGACUGAAGUGGUCAUCGUGCAGGCUUUGUUGGCAAUAAAUGGAGGGAAGACAAACGAAUUUCUGGCCGUGAUUUGAGGGGGUCGAAGCGGUUAGUUUGUGAGACGUUCGCUCGGGGUUUCUCAAGGAAGUUAACUUUGUCUCAUCUUCUAAUACAUGUAGUGCCCACAGAAGCGGCAGCGCCCCAGGGGCUGCAAACAGUUCAUCCCUGGAAACUGCAUCAUUUGAGAAAGUGUCAGUGUCGGGCGUGGAAAAAAUCAUGGAACGUUCCAAUACUGCCCUCUGUCAGACUUGAGAGUGUAGAUGAGUUUGUCACUUCACCUUAACAUCAUCACUUACCAGCAUUGAUGGGAACUCAUUCAGAUGGCCUGCUCUUGCAAUAUUUUGGGUACUCCUAAUGAAAACGGCACCUAUAGCCAAACUGCAUCAUGGCUCAAAUCAAAGAGAGGGUAGCAUUGUGUUGGGUCGUUACUUUUGUUACUGCUUGGGCAUGGAUGUUACCACAAGUGGGGGCCGUGAACCGGACUGUCUUUGACAGCCUGGGCGUGCCCUCAUGCCAAAGACAGGCUACAUGCAUCCCUGUCCUGAAUGCCACGUGCCUGGGCUCGGCCAUCCAGCACUCCCAGACCUCGCUGGACCUUGCCAAUGACUCGGCCACUUCUGCCGAAGCCCUGCGCAACCUCCAGAAGUGGGAGGGGCUGCGGCUGGUGCCCAAGUGCUGGGAGGUGGUCCAGCCCUUCCUCUGCGCCGUCUAUCUGCCGCACUGCGAGGACGGGCUUGUGGAGCUGCCCAGCUAUGACAUGUGCUCUGUCACCCGGGGGCCCUGCCGCAUCGUGGACAUUGAGCACGGCUGGCCUGAGUUUGUCACGUGCAGUGAAGAUCGUUUCCCACCCAGCUGUGAUAAUGUUUACAAGUCAAUCACCUUCAACACCACGGGGGAGUGCGAACCGCCCCUGGUGGCCACGGAGAACGAGAAGAGUUGGUACGACACGGUGGAGGGCUGCGGAAUCCAGUGCCGCAACCCACUCUACACGGACGAGGAACACGCCCAAGUCCACCUCUUUAUUGCAGUCUUUGCCAGCGUCUGUGUGGUCUGCACCUUCUUCACACUGAUCACCUUCUGUGCUGACUGGAAGAACUCCAGCAAGUACCCAGCCCUGAUCCUGUUCUACAUGAACGGCUGCUUUUUUGCCGGCAGUAUCGGUUUCCUGGCCCAGUUUCCAAGCGGUGCGAGGGACGACAUCAUCUGUCGGAAAGAUGGUACCAUGCGCCUGGCCGAACCAAGCGAGGGAGAAAACCUGUCCUGCACCAUCAUUUUCAUCCUGGUCUACUACUUCAUCAUUGCCGGUGUCAUCUGGUUCGUCUGGCUGGCCUACGCCUGGCACCUCUCCUUCCGUGCCCUGGGUACUCCCCGGCAGGCCCUCAAGGGCAAGACCAGCUACUUCCACCUGCUGGCCUGGAGUUUGCCAUUCAUUCUCGUGGUCAUCAUUGUCGCCAUCAAUCAGGUGGACGGGGACUCGGUGUCUGGGAUCUGCUUUGUUGGGUAUCAGAACCACUACUACCGGGCAGGGUUUGUCCUGCUGCCUAUCGGCGUCAUGCUGCUGGUGGGCGGUUUCUUUCUCACAAGUGGUCUGAAGACAUUGUGCACCAUCGAUCGGGACAAUCCAGGCUUGCUGAGCGACAAGGCAGCUCACCGCAUCAAGGGAACCAUCGUCCGCAUCGGCGUCUUCGCUGCUCUAGCAUUUCUUUUUGUGUUCAUCACGUUUGCCUGCCACCUGUAUGAAUUCACCAACCAGGAGUCUUGGAGGCAGGGAUUUCAGGAUUACCUUGUCUGUGAGGCCAACGUCACAUUCCUGAGUGGCCUGUCGGACAAGCCCGUCCCCACCUGCUCGCUCAACUCGCGGCCAAACAUCAGCGUGAUCAUGGUGCACUUGUUCUCCAUGUUUGGGGCGGGCAUCGCUAUGAGCAUGUGGGUCUGGACCCCAUCCUCCUUGGCCAUCUGGCAGCGCACGUGGAGAAAGAUUACUCGGCAAGCCAUCAACGAGCCCCAGAGGCUGAAGAAGAGCCGCAUGAUUGCCAAGGCAUUUGCCAAGAAGAUGGACAAGAAGAGGGAAGAGAACGACGACGCCAUGUCGGUCAGCUUCGAGUCUGCCUCCCAUGACGAUGCCAUCGGCAUGAAGCUAGACUUGCCCAAGUCCAGCGUAACCGAAGACUCCUCGUCCAUCUGGGGUAAAGGCAAUAACGUCCCAGCCAGGAUGCUGAUGCGAAGGGGAGGGGGGGCCCUGCCCCUCCCUGUCUUUGCCACCAACGCCAGCUCCCCAAGGAACUCGCCAGAUUCCCAGCUGGCAUCGAGGCCCGGAACUGCAGCCACAGCUGGCCGCAACUUGGUCCAAGCGGAGGUUGUCAUUGAGCCCCCGCCUCCCAACAUGCGCAAGACACGCCGCAAGAAACGGCGCGACCGCUCCCACCGCCGCGCGCAACUCCUCCCCUUGCGUGGGCCCAGCGGCCGUGAGACGCCCAUGGAUGAUCGUUUUAUACUUGGCGAUGACAUCGAGGACAUCCCCAGCAACGGCGGCGAGACCAUUGGCCGAAGAGCCCGGAAUUCCAUCCCUGGUGAGAUCCCUGACCUCCCAGGCAACGGUCUUCCACGGGGGUCAAGCGUUCCCAAACUCCCAGAGAUUCAGCGACGGCGUCAGGUCAGUAUCAUAGCACCCCCAGUUGACUACGAUCUUCCCAGCUCCUUGUCCAUUGAUUCAGUGGUAUGAUAACGCUUCUGACACCAGAAAUUGAAUUUCCAUCGGCUUUGAGCAUAAACUGUAGAGGGCAGUAUUCUAUUCAUUAGUGCUCGUCAUGGGAUUAACUUCAUGCUGGCUUCAACCCCGAACUGGCCCGUGAGCAGAGCAGCAUGCAAAGUAAUCCAGGUCAUCUUGACCCCAAGAACUUUUCAAAUGGAGGAAGUGGAGGAGAUGCUGCAAAGCUUGAGUGGAAUCUCAUAACAGUAAUAAAAAGGGAAACGAAGUACAGGAUUGUCACCGUUCUCCCUGGCUCAUUUCAACCAGCAAUAUAAACGAUGGAGAGCAAUUCUGCACUCUUAUUUUUAUCACCAGAGGUAGCCCAACCGAUUUUUUAACUUGUGCAGCUCAAAUUUGAUCAUGGUGGUCUUGGUUUCAGACACACGUUGUGCCUAAUAUAUGCAGGGUUUAUUAAGCGCCUACAGAAAAAAAUAGUUUCAUGGGGUUUUUUAAUUCCUGGUUUACGGUCCAGGUGCUCAGUGUGCCAAAUGUGUGCUCAUCACCAUUUCAGUAUUAGUAAAAUAAUUUGCUGUGUGCAGAACUAUGGUAUUUUCCGUCCAUAUUUUGCCAAAAGUGUACAAACUGUUAAAAGUAUCUGUUUUUUUCAAAUCGUAGUGGACAGGGUUUAUAAUUAAGUCAUCAUUUCAUGUUGAGUAGAAACACCACAUUGAAGUCUACUAACUCACUUUGUAUUUUUAAAGCUAGAAAUGUGCCUUCAGAAUAUUGAGAAACAUUGUGCUAUUCUCUGUACAUAAAUAUGAAUUUUUUUUUUAUUUUGGUACGCGUAGUAGUUAUUUAUUGUCGGCAAUUGGAAAAGCCAGACUGAUUUUUUUCACUCCACAUUUACAUGUAUAUGUAUGGAGGCAUGCUUAAAUCCAACUAUGCAUUUUGUAUUCAUUCGAUCAGGACAAAACUCAUUUGAUCAUGUACUAUGCAUUUGAAAGCAACUCGUUUUACACCAUGCUUGUAGCCUAUCCGCAUGUAUAUAUCUGUACUUUAUUCAACAGUACGGUGUAGUUCCAAAAUGUUUGGAAUCCCUUUGUUGUAGUGGAGUACCUUUCAAGUAUAAGCUUACUGCCAAAUGUUGGAGUGGUUAGAAGGGAAAAAAAGUUGGAGAGCAUGGCGUCGGAUGUUGAUUGCACAAAGGGAAGAUUUCAAAAUAAUGGGAAGACUUCAGACUCAUCAAGUUUUGAAGCGCUUCGGACAAGAGUACUCGAAAAGAUUUGGGACCAAGUAUCUUUUCACAUGGCAUUGAACUCCUUACUCGAAAAAAAACACUUAACUGUAAUGUUGAUGUUAUUCAUAGACAGUACUUUGUACACUUGUUAUUUGUCUUCCAAAGUUGGCAAGGUAGCUAAUAUCAGAACAUGGUGCUUUUAAACCCUGUGCUUAUCCAGGUUUUGGGUCCAGGGGGUGGGGAAUAAAAUCAUACCUUUUUGAAAAACGACAGUCCAACUAUUCUUGUCUGUAGUUUGAAUAAAAUGAUCUAACACUUCAUUUUCUUAUGAAGUUGUUAAACUCUUUGGCAGUCAAAACUGGACAAAGCAGAAGUUACGUCAGUUUUGCCCCUGAAAUGGAGAUUGAUUUAUUUAAACCCAGAAAUCACUUUGUAGUUUCAAUCUAGUUAUGGCCAGUGCACUGCUGUGAUUGAACAGGUUGCAAAGUGCUCAAGGCAUAGCAAUGUUUUCAAGCCAUCAGUGAAGCACUGCUGGCGUGACAGUACUAUCUUAAUCGACCUCCUUUUACUUUGUUUGGUGUCAUACUUGGCUUAAUGGUUGACUCCAUGUAUAGAGCAUCAAAGAACAAAAUUAAAAAAGAAACUUCAAAAGAGAGGAGACAAAUGCAAAUAAAGAGUAUUCAUGUAGACAAGAUGUGCAUGUUGUAUGCAACAUCAAAGAUCGGUGGCCAGUGUAAGACUUCAUAAAAGACCUUUUUUGUACUUAAAGCACAUACGACAGUACACAAGUUUUGUUUCGUAUGGUCGGACUAAGUUAGCUGAAAAAUUAGAUUUUGUGAUUUUUUUUAUUUGUAAAUGCUUUAAAAAUUGGUGUCCAUUAUGACUGAAGGAAAUGUGACGAACAUUGUAAACGUUUCAUUAUGAAGUUACCUCACUGGCUGCUGUUCAUGUUUAUUCAAGAUGAAAGUUUAGACUGAGCCCAUUCAGAACAGGGUAGCUUACAAAGAUAAGAUUUGUAAUGAUUUUUUUUUUUAUGUGGCGACGCCAGAUUUGAAGGUUACUUACUGAAACUGUAACUCUAACUUUCUGCUUUCUAUUUGUGAUGAGUUUGAGUUGGUUUAAGUUUGUUUCAGUAUUUUGUCAAUUUCGGAGCGGACUCUGUCCCCACAAUAUUUUGUGUCCUAAGAGUAACCAACAUUCAACAGGUGUUCCUCACAGAGAGCAAAAGCCGCUGCAAUCUGCUCGCUGACUGCAGUGACCAAAUACAAUGUACAAAAUUGAAAAUGCUGAAAGGCCGGGCUUUUCGAAAAGCAGCAUUUGAUCAUUGGAAUCCUUCUCAAAGUGAACGAAUAAUAAUGGAUCGAUUCAUGGGGAGGGCGUCUUCCGAAAGAAUCACAGGGCAAAAUAGUGAAAGGCGUUUUUGGAGUCGUGUGAUUGUAUAAAGUUUGUAGUUACUUUAAUUCGAGUGUAUUCAUCUUUAAUUUCUUUAGAUGGUCAGUUUGAACUUGGCCUGUUAUAAUGGUUAGAGUUCUAUGUGUAAAGUCUUACAAUGUAUGUACAAUGUAUAAACUGAAAAAUUUUACAUGCAGUUGUCAUCUGCAAAUUUUAAAAUCUUUUCAGAAAUGCAAGUGUUGUGGCGCGUGUUGGAGCACGUAAGAACGACGUUUUUAAUACAUUUUAAAUAUUUCCCAAAUCCUGCAUCUAAUUUUUUCCGGAAUUGUGAAACCUUUAACAGUAGGCCCGCAGAGGCAUAGUCUUCUGUUUCCCACAAUAAGGAGUGAAUGCCACAAUAAAAGAGUCUCAGUAGCCGUUUCUGUGCA